UCCAGCCAGCCAUUCAUUGCCAAAUAGUAAUAAAGCAAAUCCAUUCUAAAAAUAAUCCAAAAUUUCGGUAUACAUACACACAGAUACACCAAUAUGAGCUAAUAUUUAAUAGUCGAGUUCGUGGUGGCUAACAUGAAGGCCGAUCCGGAAUUGAUGUUCGAAUGUUUGAUGUACAUCAACGCCCACUAUUUUCCCGUAAUCGCGCUUAGUGAAAUUGCGAUGUUAGUUGCUAAAUAUUUGAGCGAUAAAAAGGACACCCCGAAUUUGGAUCAAGAUGCAGCCGUUUGUUUGACCAGACAUGUUGCCGAGCUGAUGAAACUCGUCAUAUUUCAAAUAUUUAAGUAUUCCAGUCGAAAAUUAGUGACAUUAUUUGCGAUAUUGUUAACCCUUCUGACAGUCGCCACCGUUUACUACAAUAUGUUUCUGCAACAUCCAAUUUUAAGGUUGGAAAUUGUACUUUGCUGUGUAACCAGCCUCUUAAUGGCCACCGAGAUGCUGUUUGGACUAUGGUUUUUGAUGCCGUGUUAUAAAAAAGUUGAAUAUUUUUGAAUAAAUUCCUAUUUCUAAAUGUAUUUAUUUUAAUUUCUCAAGUAUGCGGUAUAUGUUUC